AUGAACUCACGUAAAGCUUCGAUAUCUCAUGUUAUGAACGAUAGUUCUGCUGCUGCUUCUUCCUCGGACCAUCACCUUUCUUCAAACUCUGGUCAUAGUCUGAGGAACCUACUUUCUGAUGACGGCCCUCCCCAACAACACGCGUCUUCUCAGCAACAGUACCACCACAGUGCCGGUAAUAACAGUGGUCUAAGUAAUGGUACUUAUGGGGGUUAUCCGAACGAACAAGGAAGAGAUUAUUAUUCCCAUGUACAGCAGCAGCAACCUGUUCAUAAUCAACCUCUUUCUUCACUUGAACAAAAUAAUCGUCCAUCAUAUGAUGUUUCUGCUGACGCUGAUGAAGCUAGUAAAACUCUGAUUCUUCUAUCACAACGUCCUUCUUCUUCCCAUUACGGAUCAUCAAGAGAUCAUUAUUCCUCUAAAGAUAAUACCCAACAGAUAUCUGACGUUGAAAUAGCCGCUUCUGCUAUUUCUUCUUUAUCUCAUUCUCCAGAUGAUACAAAAUCAAUUCAUCCUCAGAUAAAUCAAAGAACUAGAGCAAAGAAUUCUAUGGCUAUCUCUUCGUUAAUAUCAGGCGAUGAGUCGACUUCUUCAGAUCCUAUUCAAUCGUUGCAAGCGACUCCUACCUCAACAGUUAACUUUAAUUCUUAUAAUGCAAAUAAUAAUGGUAAUGGCAGGAAAUCUGCCAAGCGUCCUUUGAAUGGUUCACCAAGUCUACCCAUUGCAAAGGGAUUUUCGAAAAAGAGUCCGCAGAAACGACGGCCAUCUGAUCCGAACGAGAAUUCUCAAAGAAAGAUACACCGUUCUCCAGAUCAUAUGCCUUAUCCAUCAGGUGGUCAAAAGUAUUCUGAUUUACGUGAGCAUCCUGUAGAAGAGCAAAAACCGCCGAUUCAUUUGGUUCCUGUUUCACAAGGAGGUCCAACCAAUUCAAUGGAAUGGGAUCAUCAGAUGCCACCACAACAAUAUAAUCAAUCUAGAUCUUUACAUAACGUUCCACCGACUGAUCAUCCAGGUCGUUUUCAACCAAAAAUCAAUGGUUCACCACCGAUGCCUGCUGAUAAAUCUAUGAACAUUAAACCUCAUUACGCAAUGAAUCCGAAUGAAAGGACUCUGACAAAAACGUCUCCUCCAAUUCAUCCUUCAAACGGUUAUGUUCCAGGUGUUGGUGUAGAUGCACCACAUCAGCCUAUUACACAAUCAAUACCUCAACAAAAUGGACAAAUUCGUCCACAAUCAUCAAAUACUAAUUUUUGUAGAAUGUAUAAUGAUAUGUCCCUUCAAGAUGGUAGUGAUAACGUUAGGAGUAAAGAAUAUAAUUUACCUCCAAACAACUUACCUAAUCGUCCACUGAUACCAGAAAGUUCUCCCCCCAUGAAUAAUGAACAUGGAAUGGUAAAUCCGGCAAUAGUUCAUCAUCAUCCACCGCCAGUUAAUGGUAGUAUAUACCCUCCCCGUGUGGAUCAUCCCGGAUAUCCAUUACAACAGAGUAAUCCUGGGUAUAUACAUCCUGAGGCGAAUCCACAAAGUGUGCAGCCUCGUCGUGUUUCGGAUUCUCCAAUGCAUCCACAACCAAAUUCAAGUUCAAUUUCUCUGUCACGUGGCUACUCUCACCACGGGCCUCCCGUGCCAGAGCCACAACCACCGCAUACUUCACAUCGACAUUCGAUUGGUUCUCACCAUACUUCUCCUAGUUUAUUACCUACUCAUAUUCAAUCACAGAAUCAUUCCAUUAGACAUAAUCCAUCUAUGCCAAAUCUUCAUUCUUCAAUGGCUUCUGAUCCUCAACACCGAACUCCUCCAUCUCCUUUAUCUCGGUCAGGGAGCGUUCCUCGUCAACCACAAACGACCCUGCCUCCAUUGCAAUCUCAACCUUCAUAUAUGUCUCAACCUCCUCCUACACAGGGUCCUUCUCCUCAUAUAUAUAAUGGUAAAUCUUCACCUUCACUAAUACCGCCACAAUCUCCAGCUAUGAAUCAUUAUCAUGGCUCACAACCAGGUUUAGUUUCGCAAAAUGGGUCACGCUUACCACCCGUAGGAUCUCAUCAUCAUAGCUCGCAACCUCCUGAACCAGUUGGUCCAUCAAAUAGUAGCCCACAUCAAAUUUUAAGUCAACCGUUAACCAACUUUUUACGGGAUCAACCUAAUGCAUACGGUAGUGCACAUCCACAUAAUAUACAACCAAAUGGUUUAAGCCCAGUUGGUCCACCACCACAUGUAGGUCCAUUAAAUAGUGGUCCCAGAAGUGCUAAUG